GGCGUGAAGGGGUCUUGGUCUCGGAGUAUUUUAUUAUUUUUUUUUAUGAAUGGAGGGCCGUUUGUAGGGUGUUUGUUUUUCUUCGGGUUUCGGUGUGGAAGAUGGUUUGAGAGAGGGAAGCUGUUUUUUUUAAAGAGGUUUCUUCUGUUUGUUUCUACUUUUUAUCUUUUUUCUAGUUUUUUUUCUUCCUUCUUGUUCGCUUCUUCUUUUUCCUGCUUGUUCUUUUCUAUUUUUUUUUCUUAAAGUCAAGUGUUAUUCUUUUUGAGUUUCUGGUGCUGUAUUUUGUACUUCUGACUUUCGGUGUCUAAAUAUUCCUCCAUUUCUAACACUGACUACUUUAUUCACCUCUAGUUUCUUCUGUUUUCGGUGAUUGUUGUCUUCUCUCUUUCCAGUACCCUACUCUUAAUUCUCUUUUGCUGUACAUUCACCUCCACAUUCUUCUCUCUCCACCUCCAUUUCCCUCCCCGUCUGCCUCUACUUCCAAUUCCCUCCCAGUCUGCCUUCACCUCCAAUUCCCCAACCCUCUCUAACUCCACUUCCUUAUUCCCUUCCUCUUCUUCUUCACCUCCGCUUUCCCCUCCACCCCCACCUCCAAUUCCAACUUCUCUACGAGUCCCCACUCUCUCUUACUCCCAAUUCCCUCUCUCCCUAUCCCUACCACCAAUUCCCCCUCGGCUUCCAGUCCCCACUCUCUCCAACUCCAGUUCCCUCCCCGUCCACCUCCCCGCUGCAUAAGGAGAAAAAAAAUGAAACCCUUUCGACAUGUCCUGCACAUCAACAAGGACGAGAAACAACCGCAGGGGCGACGUCCUUGGGCCACUGCCGUCGGGCCCCUGUUCUUCCUGAAGAAGUUCUCCGAAGGCCUCUCCUCCGUGGCCAAGGACGACUUCAGAAGGGACAGGUUCUGCAGGAGUAUCGCUAACUUGACCCAAGAGGAUUGUGACGUCAUAGCCCAGGGGAACCACACCGAGGCACAGGAAACCAUCGACCAAUGGGAGUCCUCAUACCACCUCUACGAGCUGCUGGUAUCGACGUUCAUCCCCCUGGUCCUUGUCCUGGUAUUGGCCGGUUGGAGCGACAGGUACCUCAGGAGACGCCUGGUAUUGCUGGUACCUCUGGUUGGUACUGCGGUGGCCAUAUUCGUGGAUCUUCUCUUGGUCGCCUUUCCGAGGUGGUCUUUAGAGUUCCUCUACUGGACCCCCUCUGACGAGCCUCGGCGGAGUCCGGCCGUGUUUCGAGAUGGCCGCCUACGCCCUCGCGGCAGACACCUCGGACUCCACCUCCAGGACUCACUCCCUAGGACGCCUGACGAACCUCCGGGUCUUGGGAACGGCGCUGGGGACGCUCUCGGGCCUAGAGAUCCAGAGGUCUUCGUCAGCGUCGCCGGCGUGGACCUUCGCGACUUCCUUGGGUCUUGA